AUGCCAUCCUUUACAGAAAAACCCCAUCGCCUAAUGUGCACCAGCCUUAAUUUGAGAGAAUUCCGUUUUGCUCAGACCAUGAUCUUUGCCAUCGAAGAAAUUAACAGCAAGGCGAGCUUACUCCCAAACAUUUCGAUUGGAUACCAAAUAUUUGACAGCUGCGGUUCCACAUUAGCCUCUAUGAGAUCAUCAAUGGCUCUGAUUAAUGGUCAGGAGUUGACAGCAGAACACAUCUGCUCUGGAAAAACAGCAGUUAAAGCCAUUAUUGGAGAAUCUGAGUCCUCCUCAACCAUUGUACUAUCCAGAGCAACAGGGCCCUUCAGGAUUCCUGUGAUAAGCCAUUUUGCUACCUGUGCCUGCCUGAGCAACAGAAAGCAGUUUCCUUCUUUCUUCAGAACUAUUCCCAGUGAUUUCUACCAGAGCAGAGCUCUAGCACAACUAGUCAAACAUUUCCGCUGGACAUGGGUUGGAGCAGUGAGAAGUGAUAAUGACUAUGGAAACAAUGGCAUGGCAACCUUUGUAGAGGUAGCCGAGAGAGAAGGAGUAUGCAUUGAAUAUUCAGAGGCCAUAUCAAGGACAAAUUCCAAAGAGAAGAUUGCUAAGGUUGUUGAAGUAAUAAAAAAAGGCACUGCUAAAGUUCUUGUGGCAUUUUUGGCACAGGGUGAAAUGGAUGUGUUGCUGGAGGAGAUUAUCAGACAGAAUGUAACCGGGCUACAGUGGGUAGGCAGUGAAUCCUGGAUUACAGCGAGAUACUUGGCAACCAAAAUUGUUUCAAAAGUCCUUGGUGGUGCAGUUGGUUUUACAAUUAGCAAGUCAAAAAUUCCAGGCUUGAGAGAAUUUCUCCUUAAGGUCAAUCCAUCUCAAAACCCUUCAAAUGCUCUUCUGAGGGAAUUUUGGGAGAUGGCAUUUGGAUGCCAUCUCUUUCCUACAAUCAGCUCUAAAACUGAGCAUGAGAAGUUUUGUAAUGGAUCUGAAAAUCUGAGUAAUAUGAGUAAUGAGUUCACAGAUGUAUCUGAGCUAAGGAUUUCAAAUAAUGUAUAUAAGGCAGUUUACGCUAUAGCUUAUGCUUUGCAUAACACAUUGGCUUGCAAAACCUCAAAAGGUGCACCUGAAAACAAAGGGACAUGUGGAACAAAGGAGGUAAUGCAUUCUCUUCAAAAUGUGAAUUUCACAAUGGCCUCAGGCGAGACGAUAUACUUUGACCAAAAUGGAGACCCUACGGCAAGAUAUGAACUAGUAAACUGGCAGAAAAAUGGAGCAGGGGAAACAACUUUUAUUACUGUAGGACACUAUGAUGCCUCACUACCCAGUGAACAGCAGUUUGUCAUGAAUUCUAUCAAUAUAGUUUGGGCAGGAGACAGUCACACGAAACCGAGUUCAGUGUGCAGUGAGAGCUGUCGGCCAGGUUUCAGACAAGCUGUGAUCAAAGGGAGACCAGUAUGCUGCUUUGAAUGUUUGCGGUGCCCUUCUGGAGAAAUCAGCAGUACUACUGAUUCUGCUGAAUGCAUCAAAUGUCCUUUAGAGCACUGGUCAAAUGAAAACCACAGUAUGUGUGUCCUCAAGAAAGUGGAGUUCCUUUCAUUUGAGGAAAACAUGGGAAUACUUUUGACUGCAUUCUCGUUAACCGGGGUGUCUUUAACAAUUGCAGUUGCACUGAUGUUUUACCACUUCAUAGACACUCCUCUUGUGAAGGCUAGCAAUGCAGAACUGAGCUUCCUUCUGCUUUUCUCACUGUCUCUGUGUUUUCUCUGUUCACUCACUUUUAUUGGUCAGCCUACUGAGUGGUCCUGUAUGUUGCGCCACACAGCAUUUGGGAUCACUUUUGCCCUUUGUAUGUCUUGUGUUCUGGCAAGGACAAUAGCAGUGGUAAUGGCCUUCAAGGCCACAGUGCCUGGUACAAGUGUUCCUCAAUGUACAUUGCCCUUACAAAGAGUUAGUGUUUUCUGUUGCACUUUUUUUCAGGUAAUAAUAUGUACUCUGUGGCUGGUAUUAGCCCCUCCAAUCCCGUAUAAAAAUAUUACCCAUUCAUUAGAUACAAUAAUACUUGAAUGUGAUCUAGGAUCAGCUAUAGGUUUCUGGGCUGUGCUUGGUUAUAUUGGUUUGCUGUCUGUCCUAUGUUUCGUUUUGGCUUUUCUUGCUCGAAAGCUGCCUGAUAACUUUAAUGAAGCCAAAUUCAUCACGUUCAGUCUGCUAAUAUUCUGUGCUGUUUGGAUCACCUUUAUCCCAGCUUAUGUCAGUUCUCCUGGAAAAUUUACUGUAGCUGUGGAGAUAUUUGCGAUCUUAGCCUCUAGUUUUGGCUUGCUAUUCUGUAUAUUUACACCAAAAUGCUACAUUAUCUUACUCAAGCCAGAGCAAAACACAAGGAAACAUAUCAUGGGCAAAACCCAUAAUAAAUCACAAUAA